GAAACAGUGGCAAACUGGAGAAAGCAAACUUUCUGAGCGAUGGUUCCCUUCUGGUCAAAACAAAGAAUGAGACCCAAACAGACAAACUUCUGAAAACUCAACAACUUGCUGGUGAGACUUGUGAGGUAGUAAAGGACAGGAGGCUCAACUCUUCCCGAGGCACAAUCCGUGCCUAUGACCUGGAGGACCUGAGCGAGGACGAGAUUGUCGGCUGGUUGAGUGACCAUGGCGUCACUGGUGCCAAGAGAUUCACUCGUAAGGUCAAUGGUAAAGUAGUACCUACAGCGACUGUACUCCUGACUUUUGAUAAGCCGACGUGCCCCUCUAAAAUGAAACUGGAUUAUGUGACAUACCACAUUACCAGACAUGUGCCUAACCCUCUCCAGUGCUAUCAGUGUGGCCUUUUUGGCCACACAGCUGAGAGAUGCACAAAAAACAAAGUGUGCCUGAGAUGUGGACUGGUACCCCAUGAGGGUGGCUGUGCUCCCCACUGUGUUAACUGCGGGAAGGAACACUCCUGCCAGGAUCAUGUGUGUGAUCGGUGGAUGAAGGAGAAAGAGAUCUGUCGGAUCAAGGUGGAGGAGGAGAUCUCUUUCUCUGCUGCACGAAAACUCUAUGAUGACAGGCAUGAGCCUCCCCCAAUACUUCGGUCAUAUGCCAACACAGUCCGUACCCCCAGUGCUGCCAAUGAUGAUGAGCUAAAGGAAAAAGUGACAAAGUUAGAGUCAAAGAUGAGUGAAAUGGUGGCACUGCUGGAAAGACUGCUGACGCAACGUUCAACCAGUAGUACCUGCCAGAUCAGUGGUAGUGACGGCUCUACUCUGGGUGGACGGCUAAGUGGAAAAGAUGGUGAUGGUCAGGAGUCGCAAAACACAAUGGAGACCCUCAGUAUUCACAACAGACAAAGUGACGAGGAUGACAUGGACGAUUUGACUCAGGCCCUGGACGCUUCUCUCCCUUCUGAGGUUGAGGGAAACAAAAGAAAACCCACUCAGCCCCGCAACAGUGCUUCAUCCCAUGGUUCCACAGCCCCGCAAGGGAGCAGUGGCACUGGAGACGAUGCUGGGCCAUUUAAGCCCGCAAAGAAAGACAAAAGCAACAAAGGAGGAAACAAAAACAAACAAAAACAGCUCAUGCUUUCAGAUGAGAUCUCCCCAUCACCCCCUAUACUCAGGCCUACCAAACCCAAUGAUAGGACAGGAGUGAGCAGAGACAGAUCCACAUCUCUGCCACGGAAGUCGUGGACGGAUCCGCCCAAGUCUGCACAGGGAACGUAGACAGCACACCUGUGUGUGAUCAUACCCUAACUUAAAAAAAACAAACAAAAAAAAAACAAAAAAAAAACAACAACAACAAAAAACAAAACAAAAAAGAAACUAACAAGGUACUAACAAUGGCAUGGAAUGUUAUGCAAUGGAAUUGUCGAGGCUUAAUUUCUAAAUGGGCUGAAGUUAAACCUCUUCUUAUUGAGAAAGCGUGUGAAGUGAUUUGUCUUCAAGAGACUCAUUUCCUCUCCACAGAUGAAUAUGAUUUUUGUAUUCCCAACUAUACACUGUGUAACGGAUACUCACCUUACAACAGUCGUUGUGGUGGUGUAUGUAUCUAUGUUGGCAAUUCUUUUCCACAUUAUGAGGUCCCUUUAACUACAGCACUGCAAGCUAUUGCGUGUUGUGUGAAAGUGGGUCGCCAACGUAUAUGUGUUUGUUCCUUGUACUUACCUCCUAACCCACAGGUUACAACUACUGAGAUUGACAAUCUCGUAGGGCAAUUACCCGAGCCUUUUAUUAUUUGCACUGAUGCUAAUGCGAGACAUUAUAUGUGGGGAUCGGAUCGCUGUGAUGCCAGAGGGAAUUCAAUUGAAAGUAUCAUAAGGAACAAUGCUCUGACCCUCCUGAAUGAUGGCUGUCCCACACGCAUGGACGAGUACACAGGACUCUGGUCACACAUUGAUAUUACUAUCACCAGCAGUGAAAUAGGACAAUAUAUGGAAUGGAGGACUGAUUCAGAUCUCCAUGCCAGUGACCAUUGUCCCAUAUAUGCUUCUUAUGAUGCACAAUUACAAUCUGCGUUUAUUGAGCCUGGGCGGGACAUAUUUGCAGGAUGGAACUUAAAUAAGGCCAAGUGGUGUGAAUUUACUGACCAGUGUAAUUUUGACAACAUUGAUGUGACUGACAUGAAUGCGAGCUAUCAAACUAUGGUGGAGAAACUUCUGUCGACUGCACGUGAAACUAUUCCACAGAAAACAGGUCCUCCCAAAUAUAGCUGUCCAUGGUGGAAUGAGGAUUGUAAGGAAGCAAUCCGUGCUAGAAAAACGGCAUUGAACCGUUUUCGACGUAAUCGAACCACUGCACUUCUAAUGGCAUACAAGGAGGCCAAGGCUAGGGCCAGGAGAAUUAUUCGCCAAGCGAAAAAGGAGUCGUGGGAGAAACUUUUACACCUGUUCAAUGUGAACACACCACUGCAACAACUAUGGGGAAUAAUAAGGAAAUUUACUCGCAAAGAAAGAUACAGGAAGUCGUUACCCGUGCUCAAGGUUGGAGACGAGGUGAUUGAUGACCAGCUGGAAGUGGGAAAUGUUUUAGGACAAUUUUAUUCUGAUCUAUCAUCUUCCCUACACUACAGACCAAGGUU